UAGCGGAACCUUUUAAAGACAGAAAAAGGGAUACUUUUCUGUUUGGAGAGAAAUUGGGUGAGUUGGUGAAGGACUCUUGUGGCAUAAAAAAGACAGGCCAGUUAAUCCAACCACCAUCAACCACUCCUAAUUUAAAUGCCAGAGGUCCAUCGACGUCCCGGGGAACGCGAUAUCAGCGAGGGGGCCACACGUAUCAACACAGACCCGGUGGGCCGAGAGCAGCGAUGUCGGGUCCGACAUACCAAUAUCAGGCCCCAGUCUACCAAUACCAAGGACGCAGGCGAGCACCCCCGCCGCCGCCUCCGCCGAGUCGCCGUCAGCCUCCACCUCCACCUCCAACACGACGACCACCUCCUCCUGCGCAGCGAUCCUCAACCAACCGGCGGACCUAACUGCGCAAUAUCAGAUCAACACACCCGUUACACCGUCACCUUUCCCUGGUAGCGUGUGUGUUAUCCGGGAAGGAUUCCGUAGGCAAUGCGUACCUGAGACGGCAUUAGAGGUCAUGCUAUCGUCAAUUUCAGAGAAGACGAGAAUUCAGUAUACUACAAGCCUGAAGUUAUGGUGGGAGUUUUGUUCCCAAAGGCAUUUAGAUUGUUAUGAUUUCAAAAUAUCAUCCCUUUUAGAAUUUCUUACGAAUUGUUUUCAAAAUGGGUCAUCAUAUGGCACAUUAAACAGUCAUCGGUCAGCUAUUUCUUUAAUAUCUUUAAAUAAAUUAAGUGAUGAUUUAAGUCUUAAACGUUUUUUCAGAGGGAUUUUUCGAUUAAAACCAACAUUUCCACGGUAUGUUUGUACAUGGGAUGUUAAUAUUGUUCUAAAUUACUUAGAGGACAUGAAUAAUGAUGCAAUUAAUUUAGAGCAGUUGUCUAAAAAGUUAGUUAUGUUGCUAGCCCUUGCCACGGGACAGAGAUUGCAAACUCUAUCAUUUAUAAAAAUGUCAAAUAUAAAGGAAUUUGAUGAUCGAUUACUUAUAACUAUCACUAACUUAAUUAAAACCUCGUCAAUUGGCAGAGCUCAGCCAAUUUUAAAUUUACCUUUUUCCGCUCUCGCCCUGGUGUUUGCCCAGCGUCGACUUUACAAAAGUAUGUCUUAGUAACAUCAUCUUUACGAUCUAAUACCGAGGAGAGCCUUAUUCUGACCUAUAAGAAGCCGCACAGGUCAGCUUCAUCACAAAGUCUAGGGCGUUGGAUAAAGCAGACCCUCACAGAGAGUGGCAUCGACACUUCUGUUUUUACCGCCCACAGCACGAGGCACGCGGCAACCUCGGCUGCCUCGCGCGCUGGGCUAAGCGUCGAUGUCAUUCGAAAGUCAGCUGGCUGGACCGAGCGAUCAACUGCCUUUGCGAAUUUUUAUAAUAGACCUAUAGUUAAUUCUGAAACCAGCUUAUUUAACUCUUUGUUAUCACAAUAGGGCCAUACUUAUAAUUGUUAUUAUAUAUAGGUACUACAUAAUUGUUAUUUUUAUACGUUAUAAGUAUAUGUUAAUUGAUGAGAUUGUCAUAAUUAUUAUUGAAAAAGAGUACUUAUUACCUUGAUUUCUUUUAGAUUUGUCCUUGCGAACAAAUGAAUAAAUGGUCAUUUUGAUUUAUGUACUAUUGAUUUAUUUAGCAACAUUGAUUGCUCUCUGAAC